AGAUAACUUCUUAUCUUGAGAGUUAUUUAGUGUUUUCAUAUAAUAUCUGCGUUCCUCUUAAUUUGUAAUUCAAUACACAAAUCAAUUGGGUUUGUCAAGCUUGCUAUAUGUUGUGUAGUGUCAACGAUUUUCAUAGAAGGUGGUGAGAUGAUGUCUUGAGCUGGCUUCUGCAUCUAUUUUUCUAAAGAUGUAAUUCAUUAGUUGUUGUUCCUUUUUUGUUCUGGUGAAAAGCAAGAGUAAUUGUAUACCUAGGCAUUGGCAAUGAUGGUUCGCAAUGCUCAAUCAAGUACCUACAUGAGGGUUGGACACUUGAUCAACAACACCUCUCAAGUACAUUGGUGCUUGAUUUGUACCAAAGCCUCGUGUUGACUUCUCCGGGUCUAUGCUUGGUCCCAUAUGUGGGUCUACUACCAUUUAAUGGUCAAUAGGCUCUUGGACUUGAAGGAAAAAGAAAAAAGUGAGGGUAACUUGGACUUUUAAAACGUGAAGGGGAGGACGGAGAACCGGAGAAGAGAGGUAAAAGUUUAAAUUUAGGGAAUCAUGAGAAAAAAAAAAUAAAAAAGAAAAGAAAAAGAGAGUAAGAAAUGGUCCGAAAUUAUCGAAUCGUUGUUCCGGUGGAAGGAGCGGAAUAUCUCCCGCGUAACUCUGCAAUGUUCUUCUCAUCAUCGAGCUUCGCUGGGUCAUUGUUCCGGAUUUACAAAGAAGUUGUAGGGUGGAUCAAGCUAAAAUGGUUUUGUUAGGAAACAAAUUGGAUUUUAGAAGAGAAAUUCAGGGGCAAUAUCCAUCAUUGGAUGAAAAGAAAGAGAAUAAAUAUUACUUGUUUUGGAGAUGAGAGGAGAACAAUCUAAUCUAAAGGAGUAUUGAAACUCAUGAUCUUCUUAUUCAAAAUGGUGCCCAGAAAGGUACACUCAUGAUUCCCCAGGAACCCUUUAAAUUGGCUUUGAUCUGGUUUUGCCACUGAGUUUUUUUCCUCCGCUUUCCUAUGUAGAUUGGAAAAUCCAGAAAGUAAUGGAUGGUUUCAGACGUGAUUUUCUGAGAAGAGAAAGAAGAAUAGCUUGGGUUCUGUAACAAAGAAGAGAGAGAAUCACCAAAGAGAAACGGGAUAUGGAUAUCUUGGAAGAAAAUAUAUUAAGGCUAUGGAUUGAAUGGGAGCUCAGGGCUUUGGUUCUUGCUAGCCUCUUCACUCAGAUUCUACUCAUUUCCUCUGCAACUAUCCGAAAGUAUACAGCAUCCAGAAAGAUUGGCUUCCUUAUUUGGUCAUGCUACUUGUUAGCAGAUUGGGUUGCAACUUUGGCUCUUGGUGUCCUUGCUAAGAGCCUGAUGAACAACUGUGAAGGGGGUUUUCAAAAUCAGCCUGGUAGCAGCAAAAAUGAUGCUGAUGAGCUUAAAGCAAUUUGGGCACCUUUUCUUCUUCUACACCUUGGUGGCCCAGACAACAUCACAGCUUUCUCAUUGGAAGAUAAUGAGCUUUGGUUGAGGCAUUUUCUUGGACUCCUAUUCCAGGUUGGAACUGCAUUUUAUAUAUUUAUCAUGAGUUCUUUAGCUGAAGCUAAGCUUCGGGUGAUCACCAUUCUAAUGUUCACCGGGGGAAUCAUUAAGUACGUAGAGAAGACAUUGGCACUCAUGAAUGCAAGCCGAGAUAAUUUUAGGAAGUCCAUGGUCACUGAUCCUGAUCCAGGACCUGACUAUGCAGGAUUCAUGGAGAAAUAUGCUCGCCAUAAGAAUGCCGGGCUGAAGCCAAAUAUAGGCAUCUUAGUUGAACCAUCAAAGCCGAUCACUAUUAAGGAUGAAGUACUUGAAAUAGAACUCAUAUUGAGAGCUCAUUAUCUCUUUCGGAUGUUAAAGCGUAUUAUGGUUGAUCUGAUCCUCACUUACCAAGAUAGAAAUGAUAGUCAGUCCUGCUUCAGGGGAAAAAGUUGGGAUGAAGCUUUUAAACUUAUUGAGAUUGAACUUGGAUUUUUGUACGAGAUUCUAUACACCAAGGCCUCAGUGGUUUAUACAUUAAAAGGUUGGAUCCUCCGCUUCAUCAGUGUCUCCUCCAUUAUUGCUGUUUCCAUUAUCUUCUUUGCCUUCACUGAUCAGAAGCAACGAUAUCACAAGAUUGACGUAACAAUAACAUACGUCUUACUCAGUGGGGCUAUUGCUCUCGAGUUGUGGUCACUGACUCGAUUACUCUUCACAGAUUGGACUGUUGUUUGGAUGAUGAAGAAGGAAAACCUCAAUCGACUAGCCAGAUUUUUGUUUAAAGCUAUUUCUCAUGUAAUGCCACCCAAUCAAUCAAGGUGGUCUAAUUCCAUGGCUCAGUACAACCUGAUCGAGUUUUGCCUGAAAGAUCAGCCAUUCUUUUGGGGGAAAGUCAUGGAGCUCAUUCGUGUCAAGGACCUUUUUGAUAAUCACUGGCACAGAACUUACAAAAACAUCUCUAAGGAUCUUAAAAAAUUCAUAUAUGAAUAUCUGGAACACAAUUUGGAAACAGAAAGAUCAGAUCCUGCGUUGUCUCACCAGGAAUUACGAACUAGUAGAGGUCAAUUGGCACUACAGAUGACAAAUGCUGAUGAGAUACUACAUAAUAGCAUCAAGGCUGAAUUUGAUGAAAGCAUUUUGCUUUGGCACAUAGCUACAGAUUUCUGCUAUUAUUUGGAUAUGGAGGGAGAAAAGAAUCAAUCCGAAACAGUGCUGUCCAACCAGAGGAGAAGUAGAGACAUAUCCAAUUACAUGUUAUAUCUUCUUAUAUCACGUCCUUUUAUGUUGACUGCCGGAAUUGGACAAAUCAGAUUUGGGGACACCUGUGCUGAGGCCAAAAGGUUUUUUAACCACAGGAAAAAAGAGAUAGGAACUAAUGAGAAAGAAGCCUGCAUAAGGCUACAUAAGGUAGACACAGAAAUUCCACCUGCACAGUUGAAAGGUGACAGAAGUAAAUCUGUACUAUUCGAUGCAUCCAGGGUUGCAAAGUCAUUGUUAGAGAAGGAACCCGACAUAGAAAAGAGAUGGGACAUCAUAAGCCAUGUGUGGUUGGAGAUGCUGUGUUAUGCGGCAAGUGAAUGCAGAGGAUAUUACCAUGCUCAGAGACUCAGUGCUGGGGGAGAGCUUCUCACCAUCGUCUGUUUUUUAAUGGCCCAUCUUGGUAUAGGAGAGCAAUAUCGUGUAAAUCAAGGCCGUAUUCAAGCCAAGUUAUUUGUAGAUACGCCAAAUGUAAAUGUAUGACUGGUUUUUCCGUUGUUGGGAUUUUUUUGUUAUAAAAUAUACUUACAAAAUAUC